UUUUUCAUUAUCAACAGUCCCUCACUCAAAAACCAUCAUCAACAUCUCUUCAAUUCUUCAAUUCCUCUAUUCCUCUCUCCUCCCUCUCCUUCACUUGAACAAUUCCUUCUUCUUUUCCCCCUCAAUUUUUUCUCUUCUUCAAUUUUAGCCCUACACACAACAUAAACUACAACAACAAACACCUAACCAUUCACUCACUCACACAUUUCUCUCUCAGUUUUAGCAACAGUUUGAUGAAGUCGUCACAAAAAGCAACGGUUUUGGCUUAAUUAUUAGUAUUAUUGUUGUUAUUAUUAUUACAAGGAUGGAGAUAAUAACACCCACAGCAACCGCCACAAACGCAACCGCAAAAUCGCCAGAACCCGACAUAGAGACGAUGACCCGGAUCCAUCAAAACCCGAACCCGAAUCCAAAGCCGGUGUCUUUCUCCAACGGCGUCUUGAAGCGCCACCAUGUAAACCACCGCGCCGCGGUGGUUUACAAGGAAUGCCUGAAGAACCACGUGGCGAGCUUGGGUGGCCACGCUUUGGACGGCUGCGGCGAGUUCAUGCCGUCGCCGGCGGCCACCGCCGACGACCCCAGCUCCAUCAAAUGCGCCGCCUGCGGCUGCCACCGGAACUUCCACCGCCGCGAACCGGAGGAGUCACCCAUUUCUCCGGCGACACAUCACGUCCUCGAGUACAGGCCACACCACCGCCACCACCCUCCGCCGCCUCACCGGAGUCCCAACUCCGCCUCCCCGCCGCCGAUCUCAUCCUACCCCUCGGCGCCCCACAUGCUCCUCGCCCUCUCCGGCGGGGCCGGCCUCUCCGUCGCGCCGGAAAACACCGCCGCGCCGGCGCCGCCGCACCACUCGCGUAAACGCUUCCGGACGAAGUUCACCCAAGAACAAAAGGAGAAGAUGCACGAGUUCGCGGACAAAGUUGGUUGGAAGAUGCAGAGGCGCGACGAGGAAAUGGUUAUGGAGUUCUGCAACGAGAUUGGUGUCGACAGAGGAGUUCUCAAAGUGUGGAUGCACAACAACAAGAACACUUUCGCGAAAAAAGACAACCUUAACGGCAACAGUAUCGGUAACGUUGCCAUUGUCAGUGCCAACGGAGUUGCUCCCAUUGGCGCCGUUGGCAGCGCUACCGUUAGAAGCAGCGUUCAUGUCCACGAACAUGAACACGGAGGAAUUAACGGUAACGGUAGCGGCGACAACAACCACAACCCCCUCGGUUCCCGGGAUGUGAACGAGUACGAGAAUGAUAGUGGGACUAACGGCGGCGGCGGUACUAAUGGGUCUUCUUCUUCUUCUUGAAAAAAAAAAUAUGAGAGAGAAUAAUGAUGUGUUUAGAUGAUAGAGUAAUUAAGAGGUGGUACCCGUUAAUUACUUAAUUAGUCGUUUUCUUCUUCUUUCUUUUUUAUUUUGAUUUAAUUGUUUAGUUUUUGUUAAUUAAUGAGAUGAGAUGAGAUGACGAUGAUGUGAUCACCUUCUUAACAUGGGAGAGAGAUUUGAUUUUGAUGAUAUUGAUAUCCGCAGGGAAUGUAGAGUUCUUGUUUGAUUCAGCUGCUUAAUUAUAGUUAAAUGUUUAGUGUUAAUUAAUUAAUUAGUGCUUCUGUUACCCCAAUCUCA